AAAUAGCGUGUGUUCACAGCGGGCUUUUAAAUUCCAAUUUGAUUUACCGUAACUCGGAAUUAUUCACGUUCAACGAUUAAUAAUAUGUCGGAAAUUUUAUCCCUGAUGUGAAUUCUCGCCUCGUGAUCGUGGAACGUGGAAAACCGCAUCGAGGUUGUAUUAACGAAAUUAUUGAAUCGAAUCGUUUGUAACAGAAUCAUGAGUGGAGUAGAAUUCGGUAUUUAUAGUACGGCGGGGACGCGCUACCGGAAUGCGCAGUACGCAAGGACACUAACGGGCGAUCGGAUUGGUUGAGAGGCGCGAUUCGUAACUGGAUUCGCCAAUCACGACUCCCAAUUUCAGAGCGACGACCUUCUGCGGCUACGUUCGCCCGAUCGUUUGUGAAGUUAGGUUAAGUUAGCUCAGAGUAUACAAGUUGAGUUUGACAAACAAUGGUAUUCAGUUAAGUUCACUGGCAGGAAAGCAAGAUAACAUCUUUCGCCAAACAUGGAAAAAGUUCAGCAUUUGUGGAACAUUGUAAAGUUUCUGUCAGAUUAUUCUGGAACUAAGGUUACCCGGCUGCAAAGUUAUUACGUCUGGCGCUGCAGGCAGCUAUCGAGCGCGAUCGAAUUACCUAGCAAAAUAUUUGGCCCUGGAGAGAUGUGUUCGCAUUGCGGUGUGCUCUGGGCAAAAGUCGACCACAGAGUUAGAUUGCAGUCGGGCACGGUGUCUGGAAAGUCUGUUAAAAAGAUUAUCAGGAAGAGGGCCUUGGGUAAGGAGACGAAGAAACUGGGGAGGUAUAAGGACACGCUGUUGAAGAAAGCGCUGAAGAAUACUGGGAACAAGGCGGUCAUUAGGUGCUCGAUCUGCUCCGAAAACACUAAACUUAGCUUUGCCAAACCGGGAAUGCCAAAACCGACAGUGACCGUUGACAAAGGGAAAGGUAACGAUACCAAAGUCGGUAAGAAACGAAAAAAGAGGACUAAGGAUAAAAGUGCAGGUUUAAUUUUGGGAGGAGUUAACGCGUGUGAUAAAACCCUGAUCGCGGCCAAGGCUAAGGCUACUACUUUAAGAAAACUAGGAUCUAUGAUGUCGAAAAAUUUAACUCCAUGUAAGAAAAGCUCGUUGCAUGAUUUUAUCGUCGAACUGAGCUAGCUGUUGAUUAAUUAAUAAUUGUUAUUUCUUCCCGAAGAAUCAAUGUGUAUUGUAAAUAAUUAGUGUUGAUUGAGAACGUUAAACAUUUAUAGACUGCGGUAAUAUUUUUAAAAAUACAUCAAAGAUGGGAGUGACACGAUA